AUGUGGCUAUCGCGCAAAAUAUCCUCCAUCAUCAAACACAAAGCCUCAAUUGCUUCAUUUAAUCAUAGGAAGAAGGAAGAACAUAUAUCUUUUGUGUUGGGAAUAACAUCCGGUGCAAAAAAAACCGGCAAAUCAACACUGAUAAAAACAUUGGCAUUGGAUGAAAUAACCGAUCAAUCUCACAUCAUGCCAAGCAACCACAGCCGAGAUGGAAAAUUAUACCGUCUUAAAAACAACGACCAGUUCAUCAUACAGAUCAUUGAAUACAGUGGCAUACCACCCAUGAAUUUAAGCUCUUUGGAUGGCAUGUUUAUAUGUUAUGAUGUGACCAACAGAGACUCCAUGGAUGCAUUACCUGAUAUAACAAAUACUUUUAUAGAGAAUCAAGUGCCGUGCCUUUUAAUCGGUCUCAAAUCAGAUUUGACAACAUUGAGAACCGUGGAUCCGCAAUUGGGACAUUUGAUUGGCAAUCUGUUUGGUGUACAAGCAAUAGAAGUGGACAACUUUACGUUAGCAGGCACACAGCUAUUACAGCAGUAUUUCAUACAGUUUAUCUAUUCGGAUCGAAAAGUAUUACUGAGCAAUCAACAGCAAGAAAGCACCGCCGCCAAGAAAAAAGAUGCCGCACACGAACCUCCAAAAUGCGACAUAACUGCUACACCAGCGAUACCUAUUGUAACCAUAUCUCCACCGCCGCCAACAACAUCUUGUGUCGCAAAAUUAAACAACGCAACAGCAGACGAAGAAUCCAUUGAGUCCAUCAUUGAUCAACUCCUCAACAACCACCAGCAGGAUGAAAAUGGCAUCAUCAUCUUCCUCACCGUAUUUCGAAAGUUCAUGAAACCAUCACAUCUGGCAAAGAUAUUGAUACAACGAUUUGAAUUUGAUUUAAUCAACCAAGAGUAUCAUUUCAAAUCCACCACCACAGCCGAAAAGUUCAUUUUACCCACCACACGGCAAGAGAGAAUCCGAUCUUUUCUCUGCAUUUGGUUAUCACAUUAUUGGGGUGAUUUUAAAAGCUCGGUUACUCGUCGGAUGAUGCUGAAUUUCUUGAAUGGUGUGUCUCAUUAUCCAGAACUAAAGCCUAUCUGUGAUGUCUUGAUGCCGCUGGCCAUGAGAGAUCCUGCAAUCAAGGAUAAAGACGCUUCAUGGGGCAUGGUGGAUCAAGAAUCCAGCAAAAGUGGGAGUGGCAACAAGAAGGACAGUGGCUAUUGCGAUUCGUUUCAAUGGUUGGACGCACAAUUAGCAGCAGCAGCAGCAGCAGAAGAAGAAGAAAAAAAACAUGACCAUCCUCAAAGCAUAAGCUUGACACGAGCAGCAUCGACCAAUUCUCAUGUUCCUGUGGCUCUCAAGUCUAUUGUAUCCACACUCAACAAACGAAAUUCGACGCCUGUGUCUGUGCUCAUUCAACAACAACAACAACAACAACAACAACAACAACAACAACAACAACAACAGCAACAGCUUGAACGAAAUCCCAAAGCAAUACCAAGAAAAUCAAGCGUGGAUAGAUCCGCUAUUUUUGGCGGUGGCAUCAUUCCUAUCCAGUAUGACCAACCCAUCAUGAUGUACAAACAUACAACACACCAAUAUGAUGUUCUCAAAGCAUUGACUCCCAUCAAACUAGCAGAACAAUUGACUUGGAUUGAUCAAGAGCUUUUUCGAAAGAUACAGCCCAGAGAUUUUCUUCGCCAUGCAGCAGCAUCUUCCGAUCAGCAUCUCCAUCAGCAGAGCAGUAGCAGCAGCAGCAAGAGACUUGGAGGAUCUGUGACAAUAAACAAAGAAAAUCCCGUGCUGGCUUCCAUUGAACAUUUCAACUUUGUGUCAGGUUGGAUCGCUUCUCUGAUUGUCGGUCAAGCCUGCAAGGAGAAACGGGUGUCCGUGUUUGAGUUUUGUUUGCAAGUGGCUGUUCAUCUGAGGCAGCUCAACAAUUUCAAUACAUUGAUGGCUGUGCUGGCGGGUAUCAACAGUGCUGCCGUGUUACGAUUGAAACAGACACGACUAGCAGUGCAAUGCAAGAACAAGACCUUGUAUGAUCAGUAUCUAGCAUUGGAAAUACUCAUGAGCUCUGAAAGAUCCUUUUGCCAUUACCGUGCCGCAUUGAAGGAAAUCAUGCAUGUGCCUGGCAUACCCUAUUUAGGCAUCCAUAUCCAGGAUUUGGUGUCGUUAGGAGAAGCAAAUAAAGAUUACAAGGCCAACGGUAAAGUGCAUUGGAAAAAAUUUCGAUUGAUAGGAGAGACGAUACUUCAAGUCAUGCGCUUCCAAUAUCCUACAUUUACUGCAUUGGUGCCAGACUCGUUUGUCAUUUAUUUUAUUGGUCAUGAAGGCACGGUCAUAACAGAAGAUGAACGUUAUCAAAAAUCAGUUGAAAUUGAGCCAAGGUCGCUUAAGCCAUCUCCCUCCACCAGCAGCUCCACUUCUCGUUGGUUGUUGACAAGGCAUCAACAUGUAAUAUACUAA